GGAUUUUUUAUAGAUCAUUUAGUAUUUGAUGGUGAAAGUCUGAAGGACAAUAAUUCUAGAGUAACUUCAUUGACUGGUAUACAUGUACAGUGUUUUAUUAAUGUGGUUUCGGUGGUCUAAGGGCUUGGGUUAUAAUAUUUAAUAUCUCAGUUAAGAUUUCACAUGUAUUUUAUGUCAGGCUGUGAUUUUGGAUCAGGGUCACCCAGGACUACUUUCUCAAUCCAGCCCCUAUGUUAAUCACAUUACCAUCCUGUGACAUAUUUUUUUUAUUUUAUUUCACCUUUAUUUAACCAGGUAGGCUAGUUGAGAACAAGUUCUCAUUUGCAACUGCGACCUGGCCAUUGUUGAUUGACCCAGUUGUCCUUACUCCUCCUCUAACCUGAUGAAAGUUUAAGGACACUUUCAUACUAUGCACUUUCUCAGGCUGUUCUAGAAUAUUCUAUGUUUUCAAGUUCUCUAUUGUCCUCUGCCCUGAAGGUAGGUCAAACUCCGGUAUGCCACCUUAAAUCUUCAUAGACAUGCCAAACAAGUGAGCAAGGCUUUGCCAAGCCUCCCCUGUGCCAACACUGCCAUUGGUCAGCAAGCCCUGUUGGGGGCUGUUGCCAUAGCACCCUCAUUAAGGGAGGGGCAGGGACAUGUUGAGAAAGUGUGGGUUUCUCAGUGAAGGAGUACAGGUUGUCCUUCCCAGUGAAGGAGUACAGGUUGUCAAUGUUACAUCACAGUACAGGAACUACCAAGUCAUUUACCAGAGCUGAGGACAUUGAAAUGUACUAGAAUUCAUGCCCAGUGAUAAGGAAAUAAAAGCACUUUUACACUAGUUCUAGAGCAGCACAUACCCUAAGAACAUACGCUCUAGAAUGUAAACUGUGAUAAGUUGUUUUAUGGAAGCCAGAACAUACAAAUACAUGCGCAUGCGCUCAUACACACACACUGACAUUUACAAUGUAUGACGCAUGACAUUUUGCAGAGAUGUGCAUUAGCUGGAAGCAGAAAGAUGAGGGGUAGAGUAGGAGAAGCAGCAUUGAGAGGUUGUGUGUGAGAGAGAGUGGAAACAUACACCAGUGGAUUAAGCUGCUUUGUGAAGGGAAACUGAGGAAAGCUUAUAGAGAAGUGAAGAGAAAGAUGGAGGCUUUUGCCCUGACAACCCACCACAGUUCAUAACAGCUUAGCCGGAGAGGGGAAGAAAACAGGGACAAAUGCAGGAAAAACAGGAUCAGCCACUGAAAAGUAGCCCGGGGAAGGCUCACCCGGCUCUCAAAGCCUUUAUGUGUGGCUCUCUCAGUGGAACAUGCUCCACCCUGCUCUUCCAGCCUCUGGACCUGGUCAAGACCCGCCUGCAGACCCUUCACAGCAACAUGCAGCCUGGUUCAGCAAGAGUGGGGAUGGUGACUGUGUUCUUAAGUGUUGUACGGACAGAGAAGCUCAUAGGACUUUGGAAGGGAGUCUCACCAUCGUUUGUGCGGACCAUCCCCGGCGUAGGGAUCUACUUCAGCACCUACUACUCUCUGAAGCAGUACUACUUCCUGGAGCAGGGCCCUGGGGCCAUGGAGUCUGUGCUGCUGGGAGCUGGGGCCAGGACUGUAGCAGGGGUCUGCAUGCUACCUGUCACUGUCAUUAAGACUCGCUUUGAGAGUGGCAGGUAUAACUACGUGAGCGUGGCAGGUGCUUUGCGCAGUGUGUGUCAAACAGAGGGACCCGGAGCUCUGUUCUCAGGGCUGACCGCCACCCUCCUCAGAGAUGCUCCCUUCUCAGGCCUCUAUGUCAUGUUCUACAGCCAGGGCAAGAACACUCUGCCACAAGAGAUAAGCACGUCUCCCUACGCGCCCCUGGCUAACUUCAGCUGUGGGAUUCUGGCUGGAGUCCUGGCUUCCCUGGUCACCCAGCCAGCUGACGUGGUCAAAACCCACGUCCAAGUCAGCCCACAUCUGUACAGGAGGACUGCAGACGCUGUGCGAUACAUUUACAAUGAGCAUGGGUUUCAAGGGUUCUUCCGGGGUGGGGUGCCACGUUCUCUGAGGAGGACCAUGAUUGCUGCCAUGGCAUGGACGGUGUAUGAACAGAUGAUGGCCCGCAUGGGGCUCAAGUCCUGAGGAGGGAUGACAAAAAAGAGGGAUGACAAGAAGAAGGGAUGACAAGUCCUGAAGAGAGAGAAUGAAAUGAGGAACGUGUGUGAACCGAGGAAGAAAGUGAAAGUCAAGUCACCGAGGACAAACCAGGACAGUGAGGAGUGCCCUGGAAGGCACUGCUGUGUUUGUGUCUUUAAACUGCCUAGUUGUGAGAGUGUGCCAAUGGACUUCUUCACUGACAUACAGUAUUCUGCCAUAACAUUAUUAACACAUUGCAAAGAUAUGAUACCUCAAGGACUGGUAUCCAUACUUUGACAGAAAGAUGGGGACUAGUAGUUUUAUUAAAAUGUCUGUAUAUUUGAAUGGAUUGCAAUAGUUUUGCAUUGCACGAUAUUGUCUGUCGUCAUUGUAUGUGAGGCUACACCAAACAAGACUUUAAUUUAUUUACUCUACUGGGCUACUUUCAAAAUUCCAUAUUGCACUUUAAGUCGUAAAAUAUUGUUGGUCCCUAACUAGCCACUGGACUCCCAGCCACACUGACUGUUUAAGCUACUCCAGGCUUUAGAUAUACAGUAUAUCACAAAAGUGAGUACACCCCUCACAUUUUUGUAAUUAUUUGAGUAUAUCUUUUCAUGUGACAACACUGAAGAAAUUACACUUUGCUACAAAGUAGUGAGUGUACAGCUUGUAUAACAGUGUAAAUUUGCUGUUCCCUCAUUAAUGUCUAAACCGCUAGCAACAAAGUGAGUACACCCCUAAGUGAAAAUGUCCAAAUUGGGCCCAAAGUGUCAAUAUUUUGUGUGGCCACCAUCAUUUUCCAGCACUAACUUAACCCUCUUGGGCAUGGAGUUCACCAGAGAUUCACAGGUUGCCACUGGAGUCCUCUUCCACUCCUCCAUGACGACAUCACGGAGAUGGUGGAUGUUAGAGACCUUGCACUCCUCCACCUUCCGUUUUGAGGAUGCCCCACAGAUGCUCAAUAGGGUUUAGGUCUGGAGACAUGCUUGGCCAGUCCAUCACCUUUACCCUCAGCUUCUUUAGCAAGGCAGUGGUCGUCUUGGAGGUGUGUUUGGGGUCGUUUUCAUGUUGGAAUACUGCCCUGCGGCCCAGUCUCCGAAGGGAGGGGAUCAUGCUCUGCUUCAGCAUGUCACAGUACAUGUUGGCAUUCAUGGUUCCCUCAAUGAACUGUAGAUCCCCAGUGCCGGCAGCACUCAUGCAGCCCCAGAUCAUGACACUCCCACCACCAUGCUUGACUGUAGGCAAGACACACUUGUCUUUGUACUCCUCACCUGGUUGCCGCCACACACGUUUGACACCAUCUGAACCAAAUAAGUUUAUCUUGGUCUCAUCAGACCACAGGACAUGGUUCCAGUAAUCCAUGUCCUUAGUCUGCUUGUCUUCAGCAAACCGUUUGCGGGAUUUUUUGUGCAUCAUCUUUAGAAGAGGCUUCCUUCUGGGACGACAGCCAUGCAGACCAAUUUGAUGCAGUGUACGGCGUAUGGUCUGAGCACUGACAGGCUGACCCCCCCACCCCUUUAACCUCUGCAGCAAUGCUGGCAGCACUCAUACGUCUAUUUCCCAAAGACAACCUCUGGAUAUGACGCUGAGCACGUGCACUCAACUUCUUUGGUCGAAAAUGGCUAAAUGGGCCCAAUUGGGACAAUUUCACUUAGGGGUGUACUUACUUUUGUUGCCAGUGGUUUAGACAUUAAUGGCUGUGUGUUGAGUUAUUUUGAGGGAACAGCAAAUUGAUAUUGUUAUACAAGCUGUACACUCACUACUUUACAUUGUAGCAAAGUGUCAUUUCUUCAGUGUUGUCACAUGAAAAGAUAUACUCAAAUAUUUACAAAAAUGUGAGGGGUGUACUCACUUUUGUGAUAUACUGUAUAUCCCACUGUAGAAUUCUACAAUGUUAGGUACCUGUUUUCCCUAGACUUUACCACAACUUGUAUCUGCUUGUCUUUAAAUUGAAGGUAAAGAACACUAAUUGCUUAACAUACUGAUCCUUAGCUGGAAAUGCACUUUUAACCACUUCCGUAAUCUAAAACUCUGGACUGUCUCAUGCCACAGUGAGUCUGCCUACCUUCCCUGUGUACCAAACUAUUGCCACUGUUCUAAGAUAUUAUUCUGGUAGAGAUGUUGUAACAUAUAAUAAGCUUUGCUUGCUGUCCAUUUGAGCUGUACAGUUGAUUUCCCUUAGAACGGUAUUAUAAUUGUUCAUGUUUUCAUAUUUGAUAUAAUUUAUUACUGUUUAUUGUAAUGGUGAAUAAUUAUGCUGGUGUGUUGAAGAGAACAUUUUAAAUAAAAAAUAAAGUAAAAUUAUAUAAGAAUACAA